CGCUUUUGACUCACUCAUCAUCUUCAUCUCUCUGUUUAUCUCUGUCUGCACAAAGUCUCACCUGCAAGUUUCUGCAAUGGCAUCAAACAGCAAGAUUCUGAUCAUCGGAGGAACUGGGUACAUCGGAAAACACAUAGUGGAAGCCAGUGCAAAGUCUGGUCACCCAACUUUUGCUCUUGUGAGAGAGUCCACUCUCUCUGGCCCUGCAAAGUCCACCAUCAUCGACAAUUUCAAGAGCCUUGGCGUCAAUUUCCUCGUUGGAGAUUUGUACGAUCAUGAGAGCUUGGUGAAGGCAAUAAAGCAGGUAGAUGUGGUGAUCUCCACAGUAGGUCAAGGUCAAGUACCUGAUCAAGUGAAGAUCAUCGCUGCCAUUAAAGAAGCUGGGAACAUUAAGAGAUUCUUCCCCUCAGAAUUUGGAAAUGAUGUUGAUCACGUCCACGCAGUUGAGCCAGUAAAAUCAGCAUUUAACGACAAGGUUAAAAUCCGACGUGCUAUUGAGGCUGCAGGAAUCCCAUACACCUAUGUGGCUUCCAACAUUUUUGCUGGGUAUUUGCUGCCAAAUUUCAACCAGCUUGGAGCCACAGCUCCUCCGAGAGAUAAAGUCGUCAUCUUGGGUGAUGGAAAUCCCAAAGCAAUUUUCAACAAGGAAGAUGACAUAGCCGCCUAUACAAUUAAAGCUGUGGAUGACCCGAGAACCUUAAACAAGAUCCUGUAUAUUAGACCUCCAGCCAACAUCUAUUCAUUCAAUGAUCUCGUGUCCUUGUGGGAGAAGAAGAUCAGCACCACCAUUGAAAGGAUCUAUGUUCCUGAGGAGCAACUUCUCAAGACCAUUCAAGAGGCCGAGUUCCCAUUGAAUAUCAUAUAUGCACUUGCUCACUCAGUGUUUGUGAAGGGAGAUCAGACCAAUUUUGAGAUAGAAGAAUCAUUUGGAGUAGAGGCAUCAGAGCUUUAUCCUGAGGUCAAAUAUACUGCAGUAGACGAAUACCUUAAUGCCUUUGUUUGAGUUUAUGAGACUCAGACUCAGACUCAGACUAAGACUCAAUACCCAUCUAUCAAUAAUCAUGUUACUUACCUUCUUGGACUGCUUUCUAUUCCGAGUUGUUUUUAUUGUUGUGAUUAAUGAAUGUAUUUGUGAAAUUGUUUA